ACAUCUCGAGGAAACUCAUCCUGGUUUUUCCCCUUCUCCCCAGUGGUAUCUCCCUUAAAGAUCUGGACACAUCUCCCCUGCCCCCGGCACCUCUGCUUCUGUAAACUUUGCACAGACCUAUAGAACCCAGUUCCAAAGACCAACUCCUCCCGGAAUGCUUGCCCUCCGGUUUCUACCCCUGACCAACGCCCCCCGCCCCCGCCUUCGGUGGAACAGCCCACUGUACGGAACGGGCGCUAAGAUGGCGGCCUCCAUGGAGGAAAGCCUCGGCACAGCCAUGCUCCUCGCCCAACAACGCCACUCAUGGACAAAGUCUCUGCAGAUCCCUAACUGCACCUUGCUCAGAGAUUUCUUGGUGUCUCUGUGGAGCUGUUGAGGUUUCUCCUUACUGGAGGCUGUGGGAUCUUCCAUUCAUUCUGACCGCAGCCCAUAUACCGACUCCCCUCCAGCUUUGGAAGGUGGGCUGAGACCCAGGGUGAACAUGCCAGCUAAUAGGAAAUCACCCCAGAGGUUCCCUGCCCUGGUUCCAGGACAGCCUGGCAGAUCAUUUGAGGGAUCUGUGUCAUUUGAGGACGUGGCUGUGGAUUUUACCCGACAGGAAUGGCACAGACUGGACCCUGCUCAGAGGACCAUGCACAAGGAUGUGAUGUUGGAGAACUACAGCAACCUGGCAUCUGUGGGCCUCUGCGUGGCCAAACCAGAGAUGAUCUUCAAGUUGGAGCGAGGAGAAGAGCUGUGGAUAUUAGAGGAGGAAUCCUCAGGCCAUGGAUACCCAGGAUCUCUCUCAAUGCUGUGUGGCAACAAUUCUGUUGGGGGUAAUGCCGUCAGGCAUGAUAAUGACCUUCGGCAUCAGAGGAUUCAAACUUUGGAUCAAGCUGUUGAAUAUAAUGGAUAUGGGAAAGUCUUCUACAAGAAAACAGGCUUUGUUGGACAUAAAAGAACACACACAGGAGUAAAAAACUUUGGAUGUCAUGAAUGUGGGAAAACUUACUGCAGGAAAUCAAAUCUUAUUGAACAUCUGAGAAUACACACAGGGGAGAGACCUUAUAAAUGUGGUGAAUGUGCAAAGACCUUUAGUGCAAGAUCAUACCUCAUUGCUCAUCAGAAAACUCACACAGGGGAGAAACCCUUUGAAUGUAAUGAAUGUAGGAAAUCUUUUGGCAGGAAGUCACAACUCAUUCUACAUCAGAGAACACACACAGGAGAGAGACCCUAUGAAUGUACUGAAUGUGGGAAAACCUUUUCUGAGAAGGCAACCCUCAUGAUUCAUCAGAGAACUCACACAGGAGAGAAGCCCUAUGAAUGUAGCGAAUGUGGAAAAACAUUUCGAGUUAAGAUAUCCCUUACCCAACACCAGAGAACUCACACAGGGGAGAAACCAUAUGAAUGUGGUGACUGUGGGAAAAACUUCCGUGCAAAGAAAUCCCUAAAUCAACAUCAAAGAAUUCACACAGGUGAGAAACCCUAUAAAUGUGAUGAAUGUGGGAAAUUCUUCAGAAUGAAAAUGACUCUCAAUAAUCAUCAGAGAACUCACACAGGUGAAAAACCCUAUCAAUGCAAUGAAUGUGGGAAAUCUUUCAGGGUACACUCAUCUCUUGGGAUACAUCAGCGAAUUCACACAGGAGAAAAACCUUACGAAUGUAAUAAAUGCGGUAAUGCCUUUUAUGUGAAAGCACGCCUCAUUGAACAUCAGAGAAUGCAUUCUGGAGAGAAACCCUAUGAAUGUGGUGAAUGUGGAAAAAUCUUCAGUAUGAAGAAAUCCCUUUGUCAACACCAGAGAACUCACACAGGAGAGAAACCCUAUGAAUGUAGUGAAUGCGGAAAUGCCUUCUAUGUCAAAGUACGCCUCAUUGAACAUCAGCGAAUUCACACAGGAGAGAGACCCUUUGAAUGUCAAGAAUGUGGGAAAGCCUUUUGCCGGAAAGCACACCUCACAGAACAUCAGAGAACUCACAUAGGCCGGCCCUUGCCUUGUACUGUGGAGAAAGCUUCUUUGUGAAGACUUCCAUCACCAUUUGAUCAAGCCCUCUGGGUCAUCUGGUCACCACGCACACAGAGUACACCUGUAACAGUUUGGCUCCUACACUGGUGUGAAAAUACAUCCUGAUUCCCGUUAGGGGAUAGGCUCAUUGUUGUUUUCAUUUCAUUUGGAUUUCCCUAAUUAAUGGUGAGGUGGAGUAGCUUCUUACCUGUUGGUUGGCCAUUUGGGUUUUUUCUUCUCUUCACUGACUGUUCUAUAUCCUUUGCUCAUUGUUUAUAAUGGGCUGCUUAUUUUUUACUUCUUGGUUUAAGUGUCAUGUUUGUUUUUUAAUAUAUGAGAAUUUAAAAAUCUUUUUCAGUCAUGUGUGUUACAGAUAUCUCCUCAUGGACUGUGCCUGGUUAUUUAAUUUUGUUAAGUCUUCUGCUGAGGUUUUAUGUUUGAAUAUUAUCAGGUUCAAGGUGAUAAUGUUCUCCUAUUCUUUCCUGUAAAGUUAAGGUUUUCCUUUCAACAUUGAGAAUUUUUCAUCUAUCCUGAAAGUUUUUGUGUGUAUAGUGUGAAUUGUACAGUAUAUAAUACUCUGUUGCUUUUAAAAACUUUACAUAAAUGGUAUUACAUGGUGUUGAAAGUUCUGCAGCUUGCUUUUUUCAUGCAGUGUUACCUUUCCAAGGUCUAUCCAUGUUGACAAAUAUAGGUCUGGUUCAUGCAUUUCUCUCUCCAUUCCCCUGGUGAAAGACAUGUGUAUCGUUUCUGUGUUUGGUGUCUAAAUCUACAAGUGGAACUGCUGGGUCAUAGAGUGUAGGCAGUGUUUAAGUUGUUAAACUGUUGUACCCUAGCUCCAACGCGCCCCUUCUACACUGUGCUUUGUCAUGCUCGGGCUGUGACUCUACAAAACAUGUUUCUGUCUUGCCAUCUGCUUCCUGUUGGGCCUUGCCAAUAAGAAACACUAAAUAUAAACUUUGGGGGUAAGGAAGGUAGAAGGGACCUGCUCCUUUUUUUCCCUUCCUGUUAGCUCCCUGUUCAUCUGAGUGUCAGUCCGGUAUUGCUUCUUCCCUUGGCCAGCAGCACUUCCUCAGGGUGGUAGUAGUUUAAUCCAGGUUACAGAUUUCCAGCACUCACAGAACAGCCUACGGUACCCCACCCACCCCCUCAGAGACACUAGCAGCGGCUGGCGGUGCCACCUCCUUAGAGGUAUGAGUCCCACCCACAUGACACUACUCCUCCACCUUUUCAAUGUUUAAUAAUUCCAGUUUCUUCCCUGGUUAACCUUAGCCCAGCUGCUUCUUGCAGUUGCUACCUCCAUGAUAAUUUUAAUGUUCUCUUUCUGUCUUUUCAGGUAUAUGGUUAAUAACUUUGUGACUAGUUAAAAAUUCUUUAUAAUAAGUUCUUUUCACUAAAAUAACCGGUAACGUUUCUGUCCCCUAGCUGGGUUCUUCAGAUUGAUACAGAAGUUUUUCAACUUUGUUAAAUAAUUGGAUUUCUUCCCUCUAGGUUGUACUAAUUUAUACUCUCAUGAGCAGUUUGAGAUGAAGUUUACAUUUUCCCAUGGACUUAUCAGUCUUUCAAAUUGUUGCCAGUCUGAAAGGUGUAAAAUGGCUUUAAGCCAUUGUAUCCAUGAAUAUGGUUUGUCUAUAUUUUAUUUUUUAACUCACCUUUUUGACCUUCAAUAGUAUUUUAUGGUUUUCUCCAGAAAAUUGUCUUUUAAAGCUAAUUUUUAAUAGAAACUUCGCUCAUAGGGGCGCCUGGGUGGCUCAGUUGGUUAAGCGACUGCCUUCGGCUCAGGUCGUGUUCCUGGAGUCCCAGGAUCGAGUCCCACAUCGGGCUCCCUGCUCGGCGGGAGUCUGCUUCUCACUCUGACACUGCCCCCUCUCGUGUGCUCUGUCUCUCAUUCUCUCUCUCAAAUAAAUAAAAUCUUUAAAAAAAAAAAAAAAAAGAAACUUCGCUCAUAUACCUAUAUGUACAUAUAUAUUUCAAAAUAUAAUGACGUAUUAUGGGGUUUAUAUAAAUAUUUAUAUGUAAUAUAUAUAUGUGUAUAUAUAUAUAUAAUAAUAUAUAUAUACAUACAUGCACACACACACACAGAUACACACUUAUAUAUCCCCCGAAAACAUUUUUGUUUUAUAUGUUCAUUUCAUUUUACACACGUUUACCACCUUGGUUGCUCUUCAUUCCUUUCUGCAUUCCAUCCAGGAUCAUUUUCUUCUUUGCCUGAAAAAUACCCUUUAAAAGGUUUAGUGACAAACUUCUCAACUUUGAGAAUGUUUUAUUUUUAAAGCUCAUCUUUUUAUUUAUUUAUUUUUUUAAGUAAGCUCUAGGCCCACCAUCGGGCUUGAACUCAUGACCCCAAGGUCAAGAGUCACAUGCUCUACUGACUGAACCAGCCAGGCACCCUGAGAAUGUUUUCUGAUGCACCAUUUUGAUCCUCAAAAGUGAGUCCUUUACCGUUAGUAUUUGGUAGCAUCAUGCUAUAGUAAAUUGAUGCUAAAUUAAAUACAUGUUUUUGUUUUGUUUUCUGGAUGUUUCAUAAUAAAUAGAAGACCCAGGAUAUUUGAAUUAAUCAUCAGAUGCCCCCAAAUACAGCAUACACUUGAAUGUAUAUAUUACACUUUAUGCAUUUUUUAAACAGCAUGCCCUCACCCUCAUUUACUGAGUAUUAAUUAUAUUUAUCAAGAUGUUUUCUUACUGAUUCUUUUAAUCUUCAGCUCAUCGAUAAAAAUUUUCAAUUUUAUGUUUUAAUGUUAUUAUUAUUAUUAUUAUUAUUAUGGAAAAUGUCAAACAUAAAAAGAAGUAAUCUAUAGUGACAGAAAGCAGAUGGGUGGUUGUUAAUCAAUGGGGAUUAACUCCUAAGGGUAGGAGGGAAAUUCCUGGGGUGAUAGAACGAUUCUGUAUCUUGUUUGAAAUGCAUAUUAAGUUAUCAAAUGAGUAAAUUUCAGAUUUGUGCACUUUAUUGAUAUAAAUUAUAUCUUAAUUAAAGUUUAAAAACAACAAUAAAAAAAAUUACCUGUUUCCACACCAGGAGCCAGAUGUGGGCUUCCAGGGAGAAAACCAGGAAUCUUGAUCACUAGAUCAGAUAAAAGACACUGGCAAUGGGAGACUUAGUCCUCCCAAGGCUUUAGAAAUGGCCUUGCUGCAUGAAGAUGACCUUCACUGAGGCCCCGUGAUGGGUUGUACUCACCCUCAGUUAGUAAGCAUUACUUGUGUAGUGAUCCCUCACUGCCAACACUACUGUGUGUAUUUGACUCCUAAUACCUUAAGCACAGUCCCUCUUGAUCCUCCAUUAGCCAGCACCACAGUAGUUUUUACCCCCAGGAUAUGUCAGCAUGGUGUCUACUAAUACCCCGUUAACUUACAGCACUUCUUUUCACUUCUAUUAGCCUAGAGCACAGUGUCUGUACAAUGACCUGCCAUCAGCUCACAAUAUCUUGUCUUAUCACAACCUUUUGCUCCAGCAAAGUCUGCUGACUCCCCAUUAGCUCAUAGCAUCAUGUCUCACCACCCCUUUUAGCUGCCAUUACAAUUUUUGCUGACCUGUUUGCUCACAGCAGAGUGUCUUUUCACCCCUUUAGCCUCUAAGCUUCAUCACUGAUGAUCUUCCAUUAACUCAAUAUGGUGUUUUGUGGUUUUUUUUGCCUUCCUUUAGAUUCAGCAUGGUGACUGCUGACCUCCCAUUAACUCACAGUAACGUGUCUUGUCACCUUCCUUUAGACCUAAUGUAGUGUCUUUUGACCUUGGCUACCAUAUAAUAUAUUCAACCCAAUGUGUUCUAAUCACAGUGUCUGCUAAUCCUACAUUGGAUGCUAUCAUUAUGGUGAUGUUUAUUACCAUCCAUAGUCAUUGUCUGACCCCCAUGAACCCACAGCAUAGUGCAAUUGCACCAGUAUCCAUCUGCUGUUCCCUGGUUAUCCACCAGUGUGGUGAAUUUGAUCCUUCUGAGCCCCAAUACAAUAUCUGCAGAACUCAGAUGACCUUGUCACUCUGUCUUUUGAUCCCCUGUUUACCAAGCUUCAAGAUUUUUAACCUUGAGACCCAGUGGUGUCUGCUUAAAAUAGCCCCCAUCACUGUGUCCUCUGACCCUACACUAUAGCCUAUCAGUGUAUCUGCUGACCAUACGCCAGUGUCUUUUGAUUGAUUGAUUGAUUUUUAAAAAAUAUUUUAUUCAUUUACUUGACAAAGAGAGCACACAAGCAGGGGGAACAGCAGGCAGAAGGACAGGGAGAAGCAGGCUCCCUGCUGAGCAAAGAGCCUGACAUGGAGCUCUAUCCCAGGGUCCUGGGAUCAUGACCUGAGCAGAAGACAGACGCUUAACCAACUGAGCCACCUAGGUGUCCCUUAUUGAUUGAUUUUUAAAGAUCUAUUUAUUUAUUAGAGAGGGAGAGAGAGCGUGAGCACAGUGGGGAGAGGGGAGGGAGAGAGAAUCUUAAGCAGACUCUGUGCUGAGCACGGAGCCUGACACGGGGCUCAAUCUCAUGACCCUGAGAUCACUAGCUGAGCCAAAACAGUCAGAAGCUUAACCAACUGUGCCACCCAGGCACCCCAAAGUGUCUUUUGAUUUACUAGCCACUGGCAGAGUAUGAACUCCUUCUUGAGGAUGCAUCACCAUGUUUUUUGUCUUUACAGUAGCCAAAUCAUUGUUUCUGCUAAAUCUCCUCCCUUUAACCACUAAUAUUGUGUCUUUGACCAGUUGAAGCCUCAGUAAAGUCUGCCGACUCCACAUUAGCCCCUUUCGUGGUGUCUGUUGAUCCUCCAUUAGCCAAUAGUAGUUUCUUUGACACCCAUGAGGCCCCAGCAAUGUAUUUGCAGAUCCUCCUUAGCUACCAUCCUGCUGUAUGCUGAUCCCCAGCUAGCCACAAGAGCUGAGACUAACUUCCAUGAGCUUCCAGUACAGUAUCUGCUGUUUCCACAUUAGCCCCACUUUGCUGAUCACCCUUUAGCCAUAACUACAGUGUCUUUGACCCUCCUAAGUUCCAAUCAGGGUGCUUGUGACUGCAGGAACCCUCAUCACUGUUCCUGCUGAUCCCUCAUUAGCCACUAAUAGAGCGUCAGAAUGCAAUGAUGCCCUGGCAGAAUGCAUGUUGACCAUACAUUAGAGUUCAUCACUGUGUAUGCUAAUAUCAUAUUAGCCUCAACACUGACUGUUCAUUAAUCUUUGCCUCAUGCUUCUCAGUCAUGGCAUCUGUUGCUGACCCUGUAUUAGUGUCAUCACUGUCUACCAAUAUUGGUCACAAAUACAGUGUUUUUGAUCAUAAAAAAAAUCAGCCCUUAGCCCUUAGUCACUCUGCUGAUUAGCCAUUAACCACCACUAAAGUGGUUUUGUCUCUAUCUCAGCAUCAGUUCAUUUACUACCCCCAUCCCUGUGGAUGCUAGAUGCUGGUCCCUCAUUAUUCCCUAGUACUGUGUAUUGGUAUGGACCUCAUCAUAAUGCCUGGAACUCAUUAGAGCCUACCCUACAUUAGAGCCCUUCAUGGUUCAGAUGAUCCUGUAUUAGCCACCAGUACAGUGUCUUUGACUCCCAGUAGUCCCCCCUAGCUAUGCCUGCUGGCAUUGUAUUAAUUCCCGUGACUGUUGAAUUCCCACUAGUCAUAAGUAUAGUGUCUUUGAUCGCUGUGAUUACUCCCCACAGUUUCUGAUGACCCUAUAUUAGGACCAGCCAUUAUUCCCUGAUCUCCAUAUGUUGGUUUGUUGGCUAUUGUUUCAGUCCUUGCAAUUUUUCCUUGGGCUCUGGUGGUUCCCCAGUCCCUCAGACUGCUAUUUUAUUUUCCUGUUCCUUGUACUUCAGAGCUUAUUCCUUGGUCUUUUUUUUUUUUUUUUUUUUUUUUUGCUGUGGUCUGAUCCUUAGGGUCUAUCCCCUGUUGCCCUGGCUGUUCUGCAGUCCCUUUGAUUAUCUUCCAAAUACAAGGACUAUUUUGUUGUGUCUCCGGAUGUUUGAUGAUCCUGCUGUUCCUCAGGUCCAGACACUGUCCCCUUGUCCCUCCAGCUGUUUCCUUGUUUCUCUGGCUAUUCCUUCAGCCAGAGCCUGUUCCCUUAUCUCUCUGGCUGUCUCCUAGGUAUUUCUGGCUAUUGCAUAACAUUUAGGAAUGACUUCCAUUUGGCCGUUUUAGAGUUUCUAUGGCUAUCCUCUAACUAUAAGGACUGUUCUGUCCUUCUGGCUGUUUGAUAGUCUUUGACUGUUUCACAUCACUGCAGUGACUGUUUCCUGCCCCUAUAGCUGUUUUCUAGUGUCCUGGAAUAUUUCCUCAGCCCUGGCUAUUGUCUGGAACUACAGACUGUUCCUGCUGCUUCUGGUUUUUUUCCCCAGUGCCUAGAAUAAUUUACCUUACUCUCCCAGUUGUUACCUCAAUCCUAGGUAUGUUCACACCUGCUUAUUUUCUUGUUUAUCCAACUGUUUUUCAACACCAAGGACUUUUGUAUACACUGGAUGUGGCUGGGGGGUAUUAAACAGCAAGGAGUUUCAGGCUGUAGAGGGAGCACCUUCCUUCCAGGUAGUUCCCUUUAGUUGUGGCUGCCUGGAGAAGCAUACCUUACAGAGAGGCUUCCUACUUCAGAGUCCUUGUGUGGCUCCUGGCAGGCUAUCUGUAGUCCUGGAGUCACUACAUUUCUCCCGUUGCCCUUCUAGAAAAUCCACCAAAGUGAGUAAAGUGAGUUACCUUCCACCCCAGCAUUCCAUGUGUCUGGGUGUGAAUUUGCUUGGGAGAGACUGAUGGCUGAGAGGAAGCAGGUGGGGGUGACAGCCCUGUGAAGUGUACAGCAAGGGGGGGGUGUCCAGUUCAAUGGGUGGCCUGGGGGCCGGCCCUUCCCUCCACUGAGUCCCAAUACUUCUCCCUAAAAAAUGGGCCUCGUGGUCCCUACCCAGAAUCCUUCUGAAGUCUGUGCUAGGGUUGGAGGAUGAUUGAUGGAUGUAUUUUUUCAGGUCAAAACACAAAACACAGUGCUCGCUUCGGUAGCACAUAUACUAAAAUUGGAAUGAUACAGAGAUUAGCAUGGCCCCUGUGCAAGGAUGACACGCAAAUUCGUGAAGCAUUCCAUAUUUUUCACGUACUGCGUGGAGAACUGGGUGUUAUGUGCAAACAAUGAAUCAUGGAACACUACAUCAAAAACUAAUGAUGUAUGGUGAUUAACAUAAUAAAAAAACAUAAAACACAUAAUAAUAACUUCAUGUGUAAUAUUAGUAACAGUGAUUUAAUUUCUAGACAGGUAAUGUAGUGUAAUGGAGAACACAAAUGCUGGAGCCAAAUCUGUAUUAAAAUCUUGUCCCUUAAUGGUUUCUUAGAUACAACAUCAAAAGCACACACUAUAAAACAAACAGAUAAAUUGGAUUUCAUCAAAAUUAACAACUUUUGUUCUACAAAUAAUACUGUCAAGAAAGUAAAAAGUUAACCCACAGAGUGGGAGAAAGCAUUUACAAAUCACAUAUCCUUUAUCUAGAAUAUAUAAAGAACUCUUAUGACUCAAUAAUAAAAACAUAAAUAACCCAACUUAAAAAUGGGCAAAGGAUCUGAAUAGACAUUUCUCCAAAUGAGAUAUAGAAAUGGCCUAAGCACAUGAAAAACUGCUCAACAUCAUUAGGCAUCAGGGAAAUGGAGAUCAAAACCGCAAUGAAAAAAAAUACCACAGUGAGAUAGCACUUCACACCUACUAGUGUGGCUGGAAAAAAAAAAGUAUAGACAACAACAAGUGUUGGUGAGGAUGUGGAAAAAUUGAACCCAUUUUACAUUGCUGGUGGAACAUAAUAUGGUGCAGCCAUUUUGGAAAACAGUUUGAAAGUUUCUCAAAAAUGUUAAACAGAGUUACCAUAUGAUUCAGGAAUUUCAAUCCUGGGUAUCCACGCAAGAGAAAUGAAAACCUGUCCAUAUAAAAACUUAUACACAAAUGUUCACAGCAGCAUUAUUCAUAAUCACCCCAAAGUGGAAACAACAUAAAUGUCCUUUGACGGAUGAAUGGAUAAUCAAAAUAUGGUAUAUCCAUACAACGGAAUAGUCUUCAUUAAUCAAACUGAAUGAUGUACUGAUACUGCUACAACAUGCAUGAAGUUUGAAAAUAUUACUUGAAAGAAGCCAGUCACAAAAGUCUACAUACUGUAUGACUCCAUUUAUAUGAAAUGUCCAGAACAGGCAAAACCGUGGAGACAGAAGGUAGAUUAGUGGUUGUCUAUGGCUGGGGUGGGAGGAGGUGGGAGCAAUGGAGAGUAGACUGCUAAUGGGUACAGGGUAUCUUCUUUGGGAUGAUGAAGAUAUUCUAAAAUUCUAUUGUGAUGGUUGUGCAACUUUGUGAAUAUACUAAAUUUAAUUGUCACAUUAAAUGGAUAAAUUUUAUUGUAUGUGAAUUACACCUCAAUAAUGUUUUAAAAGAAAAAAAUAUUAUAAAAAUAAAAAAGAUUUUAACUAGGUCAGUAUUUUAAAAUUUCAGUCCUUGUAAUUUUUUUAAAGAAAAAAAUUUUAAUUAGUGUCUGCUUACAAUUUUGACUAAAAAAUCCUACCUUUUCCUUGUCCUAGCUGUGUGUCCUUGGGGAAAUCAUAUUAUCUCUCUAUGCCUUAGUUUUUUACAUCUGUAAAAUGGGUAUUAAAAAUAAUGCCUAGGGCGCUUGGGUGGCUCAGUUGGUUAAGCCACUGCCUUCGGCUCAGGUCAUGAUCCUGGAGUCCCGGGAUCGAGUCCCGCAUCGGGCUCCCUGCUCAGCAGGGAGUCUGCUUCUCCCUCUGAGCCUCCCCCUUCUCAUGCUCUCUCUCUCUCUAUCUCAUUCUCUCUCUCAAAUAAAUAAACAAAAUCUUAAAAAAAAAUAAUGCCUAACUCAUAGGAACAGUGUGAAUAUUAAA